UUCAUGAUGGCAGAAAAUAAGAGAAAUCUAAAGAAGCAAAGGUCUGAGCAGAGAAGACUUCUUGCAGUAGAAGAAACGAGGAAAAGAUUUAAACACAGACUCAAAAGCUUUGUUUCUACGUGUAAGGGAAGUCACAUUGUGUUUGAAAGCGAUUCUGAUGUCGAUUCCCCACACAUGUCCGUGUACAGUGAUCAUGAACGUUUUCAGCAGCAGAGACAUACGGAAAAAAAGAAUGAAGACGUAGAGAAAGUUUUGAUGAGUGAGAAGAGGCUAGAUAGAACACACACAUACAAGAUUACGGGAAAAGUAGCUGAUGAAUGGUUGGGAUUUGGUAAUAAUAAUGAUAACGAUAAUGAUAAUGAGAGUUCAACAAGCAGUACUAGUGAUGGUAGGAGCAGUGGAGAUGAUGACCUCAUUCCCAUUAGACCACAGUUUGAGGGCAAACGUGGAGAGAAGUUAAUGAAGCUGCAGCAACGAGUCGGUCAAGACAGACGGUUUGAAGUGACUCGAGCAUUUCUUGACGAGAGUGAGAGUGAAAAUGAAGAUAAAUUUGAGAGUGAUGAUCGUGAUGAGUAUGAGAGAGAGAAGAACAUGUCAUUAGCAGUGCUGCAUUCGGUAGUGGGAAGUAGUAAAGCUUGUUUGGCAAAGAGCAAGAGCAAUAAGCAAGCAAUAUCAAUGAAACGAUUUGACCCACGAGAUGAUAAAUGUGCUGAAUUGGAAGUCAAACACCAAACCAUAUCUGAAACAGAAGACUCACAGGCAGUCAGACAACCAGACACAAGACAAGUAGUUACAAACUGCCCUCUUGUAUCAACAGAAAGGUUUUUCCAAGUAAACAGUGAUUUACAGUUUUCUGGUGACACAGGGAGCCAUAAGUUUUCUUUCUUGGAAACGCUGAAAAAAUCAACAGGAAAUUUUGAGACCGAUGCUGUCAAUAUGACUCUUGAUCGAGAGAAAUCAUCAAUGAAUGCGAGGAGAGUAAUGAAGCAGCAGGUUAGCAGUAGUGAUGAAGAAAGUGAAAUAAACGACGACCACCAAGCAGUGCUAGAAGACGAAGCACAUGAAAUUAUGGAUAAGAAUGAUAGUGAUGUCAAUGCUGAUGAAGGUUUCUUUUUCUCAUUUGAUUCUAUUGGUGAUUUUAGAGGCAGAUUGGCCAGUGGUGUGAUACAGUUCAUGAGGACAAAGUCCAUAGAAGAAAUAGAGAGUAUGUGGAAACUAAAUAGGAAGACAUUAACACAGGAUUACAAAAAGAAAAGAAAAGAUGCUUUACGCAGGAUUAGAAAGUCAAAUCACCAUCAGUCUACGAAUAAAUAAGACAGUAUUUUCCACCUAGUUUUGUAUAUUACAAGAAUCACUGU